ACAUCCCCUCUCCCUCCACAGGUGCUGGGGACCAUCCUGGGCCUGACCGUGCUCAUCAUGGCCGUGGCCGUGCUGGGCUGGUGGCUGCGCCACAAGAAGGUGCCAGCGCAGGAGCCACCGCGCUACCGCUUCCGCAAGCGGGACAAGGUCCUGUUCUACAGCCGCAAGAUCAUGCGUAAGGUGACCCUCGGGAGCGGCGGGGGUGGCCGUCCCUGUGUCCCCUGGGAUGUCCCUGUGUCCCCUGAGCCGAGGGUGCUGGGACACUUUGAGAAGCCGCUGUUCCUGGAGCUGUGCAAGCACAUGGUGUUCCAGCAGUGCCAGCAGGGCGAGGACGUGUUCCGGCCCGGCCAGCCCGACACCAGCAUCUACGUCCUGCAGGAGGGCAAGCUGGAGCUGCUGCUCACCGAGGCGGACGGGAAGGAGACGGUGAUGAAGGAGGUGUUCCCUGGGGACAGCGUCCACAGCCUGCUCAGCAUCCUCGACGUCAUCACGGUAGCGACCGCGUCCCCAAACCCUCGGGGACACCACGGGCGAUGUCCCCAAACCACACUGACAUCAAUGGGUGACUGUCCCCAACCCGCCCAGGCUGUCCCCAAACACCUCCAGCUCAACCGUGGCCACCAAACCCAACUGUGGCCACCUCAAACCCAGCUGUGGCCACUCCAAACCCAACCAUGGCCAUCCCAAACUCAACUGUGGCCACCAAACCCAACUGUGACCACCCCAAAUUCCACUGUGACCACCAAACCCCUUCCCCGCCUUGGGGUGGGACAGUUUGGGGUCACCACGGUGUCCCCGUGUCCCCCCAGGAUCAUGCGGGAGCAGCCCAGCGUGGUCCUGAGCGUGGCCCACACCGUGGCCGCCCGCAUGUCGCCCUUCGUGCGCCAGAUGGACUUCGCCAUCGACUGGAUGGCCGUGGAGGCCGGCCGGGCGCUCUACAGGCAGGGGGACAAGUCGGACUGCACCUACAUCGUCCUCAACGGGCGGCUGCGCUCGGUCAUCCAGAAGGGCAGCGGCAAGAAGGAGCUGGUGGGCGAGUACGGCCGCGGCGACCUGGUGGGCGUGGUGGAGGCGCUGACGCGGCAGCCCAGGGCCACCACGGUGCACGCGGUGAGGGACACGGAGCUGGCCAAGCUGCCCGAGGGGACCCUCAACAACAUCAAGAGGAGAUACCCGCAGGUGGUCACCCGCCUCAUCCACCUCCUGAGCCAGAAGAUCCUGGGCAACCUCCAGCAGCUCCGCGGGCCCUUCCCAGGGUCCGGCCUGGGCAUGGCCUCCAGCUCGGAGCCCAUCAACCCCACCAGCAACCUGGCGACGGUGGCGGUGCUGCCCGUGUGCGACGAGGUGCCCAUGGCGGCCUUCACGCUGGAGCUGCAGCACGCGCUCAACGCCAUCGGCCCCACGCUGCUCCUCACCAGCGACAUCAUCCGCGCCCGUCUGGGUUCCUCGGCUCUGGAGAGCAUCCAGGAGUACCGGCUGUCGGGGUGGCUGGCGCAGCAGGAGGAUCUCCACCGCAUCGUGCUGUACCAGACGGACUGCACGCUGACCCCAUGGACACUGCGCUGCAUCCGCCAGGCCGACUGCAUCCUCAUCGUGGGGCUGGGAGAGCAGGAGCCCGCCCUCGGAGAGCUGGAGCAGAUGCUGGAGAACACGGCGGUGCGGGCGCUGAAGCAGCUGGUGCUGCUGCACCGCGAGGACGGCGCCGGCCCGGCACGCACGGUCGAGUGGCUCAACAUGCGCAGCUGGUGCUCGGGCCACCUGCACAUCCGCUGUCCCCGCCGCGUCUUCUCGCGCCGCAGCCCCGCCAAGCUGCGGGAGAUGUACGAGAAGGUGUUUGAGAAGAGCGCCGACCGGCACAGCGACUUCUCGCGCCUGGCGCGCGUCCUCACCGGCAACACCAUCGCCCUGGUGCUGGGCGGCGGCGGCGCCAGGGGCUGCUCUCACAUCGGGGUGAUCAAGGCCAUGGAGGAGUCGGGGAUCCCCAUCGAUCUGGUGGGGGGCACCUCCAUCGGCGCCUUCAUCGGCGCGCUCUACGCCGAGGAGCGCAGCGCCGUGCGCACCAAGCAGCGCGCCCGCGAGUGGGCCCGGUGCAUGAAUUCCGUUUUCGAGACCGUGCUGGACCUCACCUACCCCAUCACCUCCAUGUUCUCGGGCUCGGCCUUCAACGCCAGCAUCAACCGAGUGUUCCAGGACAAGCAGAUCGAGGACCUGUGGCUGCCCUACUUCAACGUCACCACCGACAUCACGGCCUCGGCCAUGCGGGUGCACACGGACGGCAGCCUCUGGCGCUACGUCCGAGCCAGUGCCUCCUAUACCCCCUACCUGCCUCCGCUCUGCGACCCCAAGGACAGCCACUGGCUGGUGGACGGCUGCUAUGUUAACAAUGUCCCAGGCUCGCUCUGGCGCUACGUGCGCGCCAGCAUGACCCUCUCGGGGUACCUCCCCCCGCUCUGCGACCCCAAGGACGGCAACCUCCUGAUGGACGGGGGGUACAUCAACAACCUGCCAGCCGACAUCGCGCGUAACAUGGGUGCCAAGACGGUCAUCGCCAUCGACGUGGGCAGCCAGGACGAGACCGACCUGUGCAACUACGGAGACUCCUUGUCCGGCUGGUGGCUCCUCUGGAAGCGCCUCAACCCCUGGGCCGAGAAGGUCAAGGUUCCGGACAUGGCGGAGAUCCAGUCGCGCCUGGCCUACGUGUCCUGCGUGCGGCAGCUCGAGGUGGUCAAGUCCAGCUCCUACUGCGAGUACAUCCGGCCACCCAUCGACCGCUUCAAGACCAUGGACUUUGGCAAGUUCGACGAGAUCUACGUGAGUCGGGGCCGGUGGGACGGGCCGGGGGCUCCGAGGUGCGGGUCGGGGUUCUUGGUCAUCGUUGGGGGUCAUUGUUGGGGUUCUUGGGUCAUGGUUGGGUUUUUUGGGGUCAUGGUUGGGUUUUUUGGGUCAUUUUUGGUGUUUCUGGGUCAUUGUUGGGGUUCUUGGGUCAUGGUUGGAUUUUUUGGGGUCAUGGUUGAGGUUCUCAGGUCAUCAUUGAGGUUCAUUGUUGGGUUUUUUGGGUAAUUUUUGGGGUUUUUUGGUCAUUGUUGGGGUUCUUGGGUCAUGGUUGGGGCUCUUGGGUCAUUGUUGGAGGUUUUUGGUUCAUUUUUUGUGUUUUUGGGUCAUUGUUGGUG